UUUGAUUGGCGUCGUGUUCUUCUGUGGUAGUCUGCUGCGGGACCAGGACAGACAGCUGAGGGGGGUCUGAAUGUCCAACCGGGACGGUCGGUGGACUACCGCGAACUGACACGCAGCGAUUCACAGGUCUUCUCAGUUGGCUGAUGAGCAACCAGUGAGGCUGGGGUUGGUCUACACUGAUUGGCAUAGAGUUUAGCAGUGCCAGAGAAAGACAACAUUGGAGGACAGAAGACAUAGUUGUGAAACUGCUGGUGGUUUACUAGUGGUUAGCCUUAGCAUACUUGUGGCAGCAGAGGAGGAAGAAGGAGGGCUUGGCGAUGGUCACGGCUAUGGACGACUCCUGUCCCAACGGGGUACGCGAGGAGGACGAGGUGACGCCCCCGGGACAGCCUGGCGUGGAGGGGCCCCCGGCUGUGCAGUCCCCCCAGGGAGCAGAUACAUCUGGAGCCAUGCAGCAGGUGUUGGAGAACCUGGGGGACCUGCCCAGCUCCACGGGCGCCAAAGACAUCGACCUGCUCUUCCUGCGCGGCAUCAUGGAAAGCCCCAUUGUACGCUCCCAGGCUAAGGCUCACGAACAGGUGGACGAAGUGAAGCUGGAGGCCGUGCAGGACAAUAACGUGGAGCUGGUGUCGGAGAUCCUGGGCGACAUCAGCCACCUCAAGGUUAAAGAUGACAGCGCGGCCGAACUGUCGAGGAUCCUCCAGGAGCCGCACUUCCAGUCUCUUUUGGAGGCCCAUGACAUGGUGGCCUCAAAAUGCUAUGAAGUCCCGCCCCCACCUGAGACGGCCAAUGACGCGGCGGUGAACAGUGCUCUGAUGCAGGCCGACGCCGUGCGCAUGAUUGGCAUCCGAAAGAAGGCCGGGGAGCCGCUGGGUGUGACGUUUCGCGUGGAGAAAGAUGACCUGGUCAUCGCCAGAAUCCUUCACGGCGGCAUGAUCGACAGGCAGGGUCUGCUGCACGUGGGCGACAUCAUCAAGGAAGUGAACGGGAAGGACGUGGGCAACAAUCCCACCGAGCUGCAGGAGAUGCUCAAGGACUGCAGCGGCGGGAUCACGCUGAAAAUCCUGCCGAGCUACAGAGACGCGCCCGCUCCUCCACAGGUGCAUGUGCGGCCAUACUUCGACUACAACCCGGCUAACGAUAACCUGAUCCCCUGCCGAGAGGCAGGUAUGGCCUUCAAGAAAGGCGACAUUCUUCAGAUUGUCAACCGAGAGGAUCCCAAUUGGUGGCAGGCUUGCCACGUGGUGGGGGGCGCAACAGGACUGAUACCCAGUCAGUUCUUGGAGGAGAAGAGGAAAGCUUUUGUACCCAGAGAUUUUGAUGGCUCAGGGAUCCUUUGUGGCACCAUAGCUGGGAAAAAGAAGAAGAAGAUGAUGUAUCUCACAGCCAAGAAUGCAGAGUUUGACAGACACGAGCUGCAGAUCUACGAGGAGGUGGCAAAGGUCCCUCCAUUCCAGAGAAAGACUCUGGUUCUGAUUGGUGCUCAAGGAGUGGGCCGACGUAGCCUGAAGAACCGAUUGAUGGUCCUCCAUCCCACACGCUUUGGCACCACUAUACCAUACACUUCACGUAGGGCCCGUGAUGACGAGCUGGACGGAAACUCCUACCACUUUACCUCAAGGACAGAGAUGGAGGUGGAUGUGAAGGCCGGGCGGUUCCUGGAGCACGGCGAGUACGAUGGUAACCUGUAUGGCACCAAGAUUGAUUCCAUCCAUGAGGUGGUCGCCACAGGACGCACCUGCAUCCUGGAUGUGAACCCACAGGCUCUGAAGGUGUUGAAAACGGCAGAGUUCAUGCCUUACGUCGUGUUCAUUGCAGCGCCAGAUUUUGACACACUUAAGGCCAUGCAUAAAGCUGUGGUGGACGCAGGGAUCACGACUAAGCAGCUCACGGACGUGGACCUGAGGAAGACAGUGGAUGAGAGCGCCCGUAUCCAGAGGGCUUACAGCCACUAUUUUGACCUGACCAUCGUCAACGACAACCUGGAUAAGGCCUUUGACAUGUUACAGACUGCUGUGGACAAACUGUGCAGUGAACCCCAGUGGGUUCCGGUGAACUGGGUGUAUUGAGGACCUGAACCAGUGCUUCCACUGUUCUCUCAGCGUGGGGUCACACUGAAUCACCAGAAUGUGUGUUUCCGACCACGAAGGCCAAAGACGAGGAGAAGAGGGCAGAAAAAUAACAUAAUUCAUUAAAUCUUAUUGCUCCGUCUUCUCUUGGGCCUGCACGCUGUGCAACCUUUUUUUCUACUGAAAACUCAAAGGGAAAGAGUGCUUAUUUAUUUUAUAACUUUUUAUGAAAGAUCUUUCUAUUCCAGUGAGAAUGAAACUAAAAAAUCAUUUAAUGUACUUGGGCCAUAUUUUUUGAAUUAAUUUAUUGUUGUAGCUACAUGUCUUACCUUGUAUGGGUUUCCCUUGAUUUCAGGUAUUUGUAUCAGUCUUCCUGCAUUGACACACAGGAUUCAUGAUCACGUCCAACCUCUGACAUGAAGACGAGGAAAGUUGAUGGAUUAUAAGAUCUCUGAGCAGUCAUCGUCCAAGCAUCGAUGCCUCACAUCGUCAACACGUGUAAACAACCUGUGUAGUUGUGCUUUACUCGCCUCCAUUCAACUGAAUCCUUCAUUGUUCUUACGUAGCUGGCCCUAAAGUCUUCAAUCAGCGUCCUCCGUAGAAUCAGCUGGGCAGGAAUAAAGCUCCAGUGUGUAAAAGGAAAACUAAUUCAUGACCUACUUUCUCAAAGAUCAAACAUUGUCUCUGUCGAUUUUGUUUUCUUACUUUAGUUUUUAAUCAUCGUGGUGAUUUGUAGCAUGUGGUGUUUGUCACAAAUAACCCUUUUUUAUUAUUAUUAUUAUUGUGUAUGACUGUCACUGUGUCAUUGCCCAUCAUCUUUAAUGUCUACAUAAGCCAAUUUGUUAGUGUAAUUUUUUGUGAAUGUGGCACAAACACAGUUUCUCCUUAAUAGUUUUUAUCUUCAUUGUUGCAGUCAAAGCCAAAGUCCUGUUCGUACUCCCAAUAAAGUUGGAAAGCUCUUAAAAUUCAAUUUAAAAAUAAUAUGACUCUGGAUUGUAAAUGUCUCUCUGUCUCUCAUUCUCCAAACAAGAUGGAUGUGUCAAAAUGCCACAGAGGUGAGGUGAUUUCACUUUUGAACUCAUUUCUUGCACUUGAUGAUUUUGGAAAAAAUAAAGACUAUAAAUCAC